GCGGGCUGGGGCCGAGCGGCGUCAGGCGCGCUGGGGCUGCGCUGCGCCCCCGGCUCUGUGGCUUGCCGGCUGCGGGGAAGGUGCGGCAGGCGGUGCUGCGGCCCGGCACAGCAGGGGCGGCUAAUGCCCCUCGCGCUGUCUACGCUGCUGCAACCGGGCCGCAUCUGGACGGGGCGCCGCGCGGCGGAGCCGACGCCGGGCCACAAUGCUGCUUGGAGCCUCUCUGGUGGGGGUGCUGCUGUUCUCCAAGCUGGUGCUGAAACUGCCCUGGACCCAGGUGGGAUUCUCCCUGUUGUUCCUCUACUUGGGAUCUGGCAGCUGGCGCUUCAUCCGGGUCUUCAUCAAGACCAUCAGGCGCGAUAUCUUGCACGGCGCCCUCUCUUGUUCGCACACAGUGGCGGCCUGGUCCUCCUGAAGGUGAAGGCAAAGGUGCGACAGUGCCUGCGGGAGCGGCGGACAGUGCCCAUUUUGUUUGCCUCUACCGUUCGGCGCCACCCCGAUAAGACGGCCCUGAUCUUCGAGGGCACAGAUACCCACUGGACCUUCCGCCAGCUGGAUGAGUACUCGAGCAGUGUAGCCAACUUCCUGCAGGCCCGGGGCCUGGCCUCGGGCGAUGUGGCUGCCAUCUUCAUGGAGAACCGCAAUGAGUUUGUGGGCCUAUGGCUGGGCAUGGCCAAGCUCGGUGUGGAGGCGGCCCUCAUCAACACCAACCUGCGGCGGGAUGCUCUGCUCCACUGCCUCACCACCUCGCGUGCACGGGCCCUUGUCUUUGGCAGCGAAAUGGCCUCAGCCAUCUGUGAGGUCCAUGCCAGCCUGGACCCCUCGCUCAGCCUCUUCUGCUCUGGCUCCUGGGAGCCCGGUGCGGUGCCUCCAAGCACAGAACACCUGGACCCUCUGCUGAAAGAUGCUCCCAAGCACCUGCCCAGUUGCCCUGACAAGGGCUUCACAGAUAAACUGUUCUACAUCUACACAUCGGGCACCACAGGGCUGCCCAAGGCUGCCAUCGUGGUGCACAGCAGGUAUUACCGCAUGGCUGCCCUGGUGUACUAUGGAUUCCGCAUGCGGCCCAACGACAUCGUCUAUGACUGCCUCCCCCUCUACCACUCAGCAGGAAACAUCGUGGGAAUCGGCCAGUGCCUGCUGCAUGGCAUGACGGUGGUGAUUCGGAAGAAGUUCUCAGCCUCCCGGUUCUGGGACGAUUGUAUCAAGUACAACUGCACGAUUGUGCAGUACAUUGGUGAACUGUGCCGCUACCUCCUGAACCAGCCACCGCGGGAGGCAGAAAACCAGCACCAGGUUCGCAUGGCACUAGGCAAUGGCCUCCGGCAGUCCAUCUGGACCAACUUUUCCAGCCGCUUCCACAUACCCCAGGUGGCUGAGUUCUACGGGGCCACGGAGUGCAACUGUAGCCUGGGCAACUUUGACAGCCAGGUGGGGGCCUGUGGUUUCAAUAGCCGCAUCCUGUCCUUCGUGUACCCCAUCCGGUUGGUACGUGUCAACGAGGACACCAUGGAGCUGAUCCGGGGGCCCGACGGCGUCUGCAUUCCCUGCCAGCCAGGUGAGCCGGGCCAGCUGGUGGGCCGCAUCAUCCAGAAAGACCCCCUGCGCCGCUUCGAUGGCUACCUCAACCAGGGCGCCAACAACAAGAAGAUUGCCAAGGAUGUCUUCAAGAAGGGGGACCAGGCCUACCUUACUGGUGAUGUGCUGGUGAUGGACGAGCUGGGCUACCUGUACUUCCGAGACCGCACUGGGGACACGUUCCGCUGGAAAGGUGAGAACGUGUCCACCACCGAGGUGGAAGGCACACUCAGCCGCCUGCUGGACAUGGCUGACGUGGCCGUGUAUGGUGUCGAGGUGCCAGGAACCGAGGGCCGGGCCGGAAUGGCUGCUGUGGCCAGCCCCACUGGCAACUGUGACCUGGAGCGCUUUGCUCAGGUCUUGGAGAAGGAACUGCCCCUGUAUGCGCGCCCCAUCUUCCUGCGCCUCCUGCCUGAGCUGCACAAAACAGGGACCUACAAGUUCCAGAAGACAGAGCUACGGAAGGAGGGCUUUGACCCGGCUAUUGUGAAGGACCCGCUAUUCUAUCUAGAUGCCCAGAAGGGCUGCUACGUCCCGCUGGACCAAGAGGCCUACAGCCGCAUCCAGGCAGGCGAGGAGAAGCUGUGAUUCCCCCCAUCCCUCUGAGGGCUGGCGGAUGCUGGAUCCGGAGCCCCAGGUUCUGCCCCAGAGGGGUCCUGGACAAGGCCAGACCAAAGCAAGCAGGGCCUGGCACCUCCAUCCUGAGGUGCUGCCCCUCCAUCCAAAACUGCCAAGUGACUCACUGCCUUCCCAACCCUUCUAGAGGCUUUCUGUGAAAGUCUCAUGUCCAAGUUACGUCUUCUGGGCUGGGCAGGCCCUCUGGUUCCCAGGCUGAGACUGACGGGUUUUCUCAGGAUGAUGUCUUGGGUCAGGGUAGGGAGAGGACAAGGGGUCACCGAGCCCUUCCCAGAGAGCAGGGAGCUUAUAAAUGGAACCAGAGCAGAAGUCCCCAGACUCAGGAAGUCAACAGAGUGGGCAGGGACAGUGGUAGCAUCCAUCUGGUGGCCAAAGAGAAUCGUAGCCCCAGAGCUGCCCAAGUUCAUUGGGCUCCAUCCCCACCUCCAGGAGGGGAGGAGAGGACCUGACAUCUGUAGGUGGCCCCUGAUGCCCCAUCUACAGCAGGAGGUCAGGACCACGCGCCUGGCCUCUCCCCACUCCCCCAUCCUCCUGCCUGGGUGGCUGCCUGAUUAUCCCUCAGGCAGGGCCUCUCAGUCCUUGUGGGUCUGUGUCACCUCCAUCUCAGUCUUGGCCUGGCUAUGAGGGGAGGAGGAAUGGGGGAGGGGGCUCAGGGGCCAAUAAACUCUGCCUUGAGUCCUCCUA